CUUUGGCACAAGAGCUAUUGGCAAAAUGAUAAGGAAGAAAGAAUUAUGUUUCACGCAUACAGAGGACGGGUACAUAUUUAGAUUAAUAUAUAAUUUGUGACUUUUUUUUUAAUAGCCAUGUGAUCAACAAAUAAAUCAUAUAUAACUGAAUUAAUAAAAUUUAUGAUAAAAAAUUAAAUGUAUGUGAUAAGUCUCUUUUUGUUUUUAGGAUGAUGUUUUGGUUCCAGAGAUAAUAAUUACUAGAUAUGGUGCCGAGCUGAAACAUGAAAUUGUCCUAAUUGAUCUCUGUGACAAUUGUAUCAAGCUUAAAUUAAAAAACCGGGGAAACAAAAUCUGGAUACCUUCCGAUGGGAUAGACAAGUUAUUUACUUUCUAUAAGUUUAAAAGCAUGGUCAAGAUCGGUUUAAUUUAUGUCUCAAGUGGCAUAUUUUUUGUGGCUCCUGUGGAUAGGCGAAAUAAUCCAAUCUAUAUGGAUUUUUAUACAUCUCACUAUGUUAAAGAUAUUAUUGGUAUAUCUUUGUUAAAAGUAAUUCAAGAUAAGUUGGGGUUGAACUACUUUAAUGGAUUGGAUGAUGUUGCAUAUGGUAUAAAAGAUAAUGGGAUCCAUGGGAAUAUGAAAAGUUCUAGUGUGCAAAGGAUUCAGAAGAACAAUUCCAAUGAAACUACUAUCAAGAAGAGGUCAAUAACAAAAAAAAAAGAGGAUAUAUUGCUGGAUAUCAUAGCAAAAGGUUGAGGUUGACUAAGUAUGAUA